AUGAAGAGAUCUAUCUCCAGUGAGGAUGGCAGCUCCAAAAAGAGGCCUUCCUCGGCUGUAGCUGGUAUAACGAAAUCGAUUUCUGCUUGCAAGAGAUGUCGCUUAAAGAAGAUCAAGUGUGAUCAGGAGUUCCCAAGCUGUUUGAAAUGUGCUAGAGUCAAAGUUCCCUGUGUUUCGCUCGAUCCUGCUACUGGGAGAGACGUUCCGCGGUCAUAUGUGAUGUUCCUAGAGGAUAGGUUGAAAGCUAUAAUGGAUAAACUAAGGGAGUGUGGGAUUGAUCCAUCAGAAGUCCAAGGGAACUUACCAGCAACAAGUAGUGAUAACCCUUCUGCUAUACAGCUCUUUGAGGAAUCCCAGCGUAAAGAACACGAAGUUCCGCAUGACAACAAGUAUGCUGCAUAUUUGAUCAAUCAGGGAACGUCCAUGCAGAGAGGUAUAAGUUCAUCCAGUUUAACGAAAGAUUCUCAGGAAAAUGCAACGAAAACUACUCCUGAGACUUUUUUCCCAGAAGACUCAAGGAAUAGCGAACAAAGUGAAUCGAAUAAGAAUUUUGCUGCAACAGGGUCACUCAAGAACAAUGCCUCAAAUUCUUAUCUUGGAGAUUCAUCAGGUAUCCCAUUUGCUAAAUUGGUCUUUACUGCCGUAAAUUUCAAGCCUGAUUCAGUGAAUGAGAGUUCCGAUGAUGAGAUUAAAGUGAGAGAAGAGAGAUACGAAGAUUAUGCGAAGUCCGAGAGCUCGACAGAUUUCGAUCCGUUAUGGUUACCACCGCGAAAUGUCGCAGAGAGCCUCAUUACUAGGUAUUUUGUCGAUAGUAAUACCCAAUUACCAGUGCUGCAUCGAGAGUUCUUUUUGAAGAAAUACUUCGAACCGAUUUAUGGGCCCUGGAAUACUACCAUUUCUAUUGUAUCGGAUCACACAAGGAUCAAUACGGCAUUUAAGCUACCAUCUAACGCCUCUGGAGGGGAAACUGAAGAUUCGCAUGAGCCUUGGUUUGACGUAUGGCUUAAGAAGGUUGAAGAAGGCGAAAAAAAUAUUCAGCUACCUCGCUGGGUCCGUUUGCCUUACUUCUUUCUCAACAUGAUCUUCGCUAUAGGUCAUGCAGUCGAGGUGUUACGAUCUGAUAUAAACCACGUCGUUUUAUUCAAGAGAAGGGCCGUGCAAUUCUCUGAAGAACUUUAUGCAUCAGAUGAUAGGAUGGAGGCUCUAGCGGGUACCGUCUUGACUGCGAUUUAUUCCUUGAUGAGGCCGAAUGUCCCUGGUGUCUGGUAUACUAUGGGUUCGGCGCUGAGGUUGACUGUUGAUUUGGGACUUCACGCUGAAAAGAUUAACAAGAAUUAUGAUCCUUUCACAAGGGAAUUACGAAGAAGACUUUUCUGGUGUGUCUAUUCGCUAGAUCGGCAAAUUUGUGCAUAUUUUGGCCGCCCAUUUGGGAUCCCAGAGGAAAGUAUCAGUGCGAGGUAUCCAAGUUUACUUGACGAUGCUCUAAUAACAACAUUCAAUGAUGAUAUAGAGGACUACUCAAAAGUUCAAACUUCAAUGGCAACUUCAAAAGUCAUAGCUUUGGCAUUCUUUAAAGUACGAAGAAUUCAAGCUAACGUGCUCCAAGUUUUAUACGCUGAACACGGUGACAUUCCAAGAAGGUGCCCUGAUCUGGAAACUUGGCGAAGUUCAGUGCAUAGUUUACUAGAAAAAUGGCUCGAGAAGGAUGUCCCUAAGACUUACAGAAAGAUGAACUGUAAGUUCAACAUGGAGUUCUUUCAUCUGAAUUAUUAUCAAACAAAAUGUAUGUUGUAUGGAUUAUCACCGAAGAACCUGUCGUUAAGCCCCAAAGCUUUCGCAAUCGUUUAUGAGAAUACAAAGGGAACCAUAAGUACUUAUGACAAGAUGUGCAGCAGACAGAAAAUUAACUUCACAUGGGUUACGGUACACAAUUUGUUUAUGGCUGGUAUGACUUACCUCUACGUUGUUUAUUACUCGGAUAGAGGAAUUAACGAAGGACAACAAUAUGUUGAAGGAUACACAGCCAGCAUAUUACGUGUCUUAAAGGAACUUAUAGGCACUUGUGAGGCAGCUAAAAAUUGUUUCGUCAUUUAUAAGGUCUUAUCAGCGGUUGUAAUCAGGCUAAAAUUUGAUAUGCCGCAACCUGUUCUCAUGUCAAAGGCUUCAUUUGGGCAUGGAAUCACGUCAAAUGGUAUGACAGCGUCAGAGACAAAUCUUUCCCCGAUUGAAAGAGUAGGGAAUAACCCUGGUGAUAUGCCUAAAAUGUCCUUCGCGAAACAAGAGCCUACUGAGUCUUUUGGAGUGCCUCUAGAUCAGUUUUUCGCUGAGCUUGAGAACACGGCUUCAGCAUCAGAAAAUGAAUCGAGCAACGGCCAUCUUUCGAGUGUGAACUCGCCACUGUUUACUGAUGGCCAGAGAAACCACACCAAGCCUGUGAGAAUGUUUGCUCCAGCGAAGGACGGACAGCGUAUUAUUGAUAUGAUUUCGCAGGUUACUACCGAGUCGAUAUGGGAUGAGUUUUUCGGUAAAGCUGGAGCUUCAGAUACCCCAAGUGCAUCAGAUAAUGUUAAUGAAAAUGAUCUAACGUGA